CAACAUCAUCCCGUCCGAAAACUGCCCCCCAACCUCCCGGUGCGCACUACGCACAACUGCGCAUUGUAGCAGAACCCAGCCUCCCACGGACACUCUGUAUAAUCCCAAACCACAACGCUGAUUUCGCGUUCUCCGAUAAGAGUGAUCUACAGCUCUCUCUCUGCUUCUCAGAAGGCCCUCAAUGGAUUUCUUCAAAUCCGUGUUCUCCGACGACCCACCAGAUCCUCCGAGACCCGGAUCCGAGUCCGAAUCUCCCCAGAAGAACCAACAACAAGGCGACCCAGAUCCGAAUUCCCCACCGAACCCGAACCCAAGUUCGCCCACCGUUGUAGGUGGUGGGUGGAGCUUCGGGGGUCUGGUCAAAACCCUAACGACCAAGUCCGAGUCCGUCAUCGAGACGUACCGUCGAGACCUCAGAGAAUUCGGGUCGGGUCUGAAGAAGGAGAUCGAGGUGGCACACGGGUCCUUGGAGAAUGUCGGCCAAGUCAUUGACGAGUUGGGGAGCACCGUGCUGAAGGGGACGGCCGAGAUCAUCUCCCAAGGUAAGGACGCUAUUCUAUCCGUUGAUCUCGAAUCCGAUUCCGAUAACAACUCGAGUAAUUAUAGUACCCAACAGAGCUUGAAUUCGAAACCGUAUAGUAGGUUUGAGGCUCAGCUUCGUGCGAUUCAGGGUGAGGAGGGUACCUACUGUGAGGAACCUGAGGAUUUGGAUGAUUACAAUAGGUGGAAAUCAGGGUUUGAUUUGGAAGAGAAGGGUGAGGAAAUUGAGGGUUUGCUUGAAGAAAAUGGGGCUCUGGUGAGUGUGUACAAAAGGGUUGUUCCCAAUAGCGUGGACAAUGAGACAUUUUGGUGUAGGUAUUUCUAUAGGGUUUAUAAGCUCAAGCAAGCUCAGGAUGUGAGGAGUAAUCUUGUGAAGCGCGCGAUUUCGAGGGAGGAGGAGGAGGAGUUGAGUUGGGAUGUUGAUGAUGAUGAUGCUGAGGAGGAGGAAGAGGAGGAGGAGGAGGAGAGGGAUGUGGUGUUGAAGGCGGAAAUUGCAAAGGAUGGGGGGGAGUCGGGUGUUGAGGUUGGGAAGAAGAGUUUGCCUGUGGAAGAGAUGGGCAAUGCGAUUGGAGAGGGCAAUGUAGGUUUGAAAGCUGGAGAGAAUAGGGAGUUGGGUGGCAAAGAUCGUGAGAAAAUUGUGGAGGAGGAGAGUUCUGUUAAGGAAUUGGAAGGUGGAAUGGGAGAAGAGAGUUAUAAUAUGGAGGAGGGACGGAAGGGAAGUGUUGGGGAAUCGAGUGGUGAUAAGGAGUCUGAUGAGAAAAUGGGUUCCAAAGGGGAUGCUGAGGUGAAUAAAGAUUUGGUAUCUAAAUCUGAUGAGAAGCUGGGUUCCGAAGGGAAGGCGGCUGACUCGGGUGAGUCUUGUAAAGGUAGUGACUUUUCAGUGGUUUCAACUCAGCCAUCGAUGCCUGAGGAGGAUGACCUCGGGUGGGAUGAGAUUGAGGAUCUUAGCAGCAUUGAUGAAAAGAAGGCGAGUCAGGAGGGUGGGAGCCCCAACAGAGCUGAGGUGCGGAAGCGGCUCAGUGCUGCAGAUGAAGAGGAGGAAGACUUGAGUUGGGAUACUGAAGAUGAUGAUGAGCCUGCUAAAGCUUGAUACAACUUUUAUAGUUUCUUGUUUUUCAUUCUUAUAAAUAUAUACCACUUCCCAUUCUGCUAUAUUUUCCUCCAUUUAUUAUGUUUCUGUGAGUCUGAUAUAGGUUGGGAUUUUUUUUUUCUUCCUUUUCUUCUUUAGUUGGUGCAAAAUGAAAUCUGUCUCUUAAAUGUAUGAAGUUGAAGCAACAGUUUCCAUAAGGAUAUUACUGUUCAUUCUUAUGUAUCUCUGAUGGUGUAAACAGAAUUCUGAUGCAAGUAUUGUUCAGAUUGAUAAUCACUUCA